UGAAGUCCGGCACACAGCAAAGGACUGAAAAAGCCCCAUUUGUACCUAAAGGCUCUUUUCAGAGCCACUACGUCUUCAUGAGAGAAGCUGUUAGCUCUUAUGCUAGUGUUAUGAAAUCUGUGUUUUAGCAAGUACCUUAAGAAGUUGAGCAUGUUAACUUAAAAUUCCAUUCAUCAUUGCAAGAUUUACCAGGUCAUAUUCCAUACUAAAAGUAAAUGAUUGGAAAAACAAACGGAAUGUCACAAUCCACUCAGCAGAGGAUGGAAAUUGUUGGGGAAGCAACAAGUGAAUUUAAAACAUUUUUUAGCGAAAAUAACUUGAACGCUUGGUUGUCCAGCGGUACUGGCUAACCGAUGAUGGUUAUUUUACAAUCUCAAUCCCAUUGAGAAUUAAUCAGAAAUCAUAUACUAAGAUGACCGUAAAAGCGUCCUUACUGCACAUCGCACUUGUUGACGAUAAAGUAGAACGUUAGGAAAUUGUUCUCUCAGACGCCAAGGAUGACGUUAGAGCCAUUUGUGCAAUCAGUCUCUUCCGAUCAACCAAUCAUACAGUUUACCUUUCAGCCAAUGACUUUGUCGCGCGGGUCUUUUGAAAAAUUGUAAGGCCAAUCAGAAUGCUUCUAAGUAUAUUUAAGGACAACUGUAGCUGUGUUCGCUACAUUGUUGGUCUGUCUCCUCUUUGUCCUUAUGGCUCGUACGAAGCAAACCGCUCGUAAAUCCACCGGCGGCAAGGCCCCGCGCAAGCAGCUGGCCACCAAGGCUGCUCGCAAGAGCGCGCCGGCCACCGGCGGUGUGAAGAAGCCUCACCGCUACCGGCCCGGCACCGUGGCCCUGCGCGAGAUCCGGCGCUACCAGAAGUCCACCGAGCUCCUGAUCCGCAAGCUGCCUUUUCAGCGCCUGGUGCGCGAGAUCGCGCAGGACUUCAAGACCGACCUGCGUUUCCAGAGCUCGGCUGUGAUGGCGCUGCAGGAGGCAUCCGAGGCCUACCUGGUGGGUCUCUUUGAAGACACCAACCUGUGUGCCAUCCACGCCAAGCGCGUCACUAUCAUGCCCAAGGACAUCCAGCUGGCGCGCCGCAUCCGCGGGGAGAGGGCAUGAAAACCAAGCAGCAAUCGAAAAGGCUCUUUUAAGAGCCACCCA